CCAGAUUCGAUUUGGGUUGAAAUAAGAUGAAGGGGAAUCCAUGAACCUGAUUUCAGUCUCUGGUUCUUGGUCGGAAGAAGCCAUAAUCAUUCAAGAAAGGCCUCCUACUCUACUGACUGGACUCGCCGUACAAGAAGGAAGAAGAAGAAUGAGCAAGUAUGGGUUGAACCUAAGGCCACAGCAGAAGAAGCAGCCCCCUAGGCCUCCUCUUCGUAAACCUGUUGGUUUUGGCGAUGAUGAUGACAAUGACGUUGAGAGGGAAAUUUCUCGACAUGCUACCAAGAACAAGUCACUCAGGGAUAUUGAGGAGCAGCAGAGGAAAGCGCUGGAGCAGGACCCAUCGGUGUUCGACUAUGAUGGAGUUUAUGAUGAUAUGAAACAGAAAGCGAUACAACCUCGGGCACAAGAUCACCAAGAGAGAAAGUCAAGAUAUAUUCAGCAGUUAAUGAAAAAAGCAGAAGAACGAAAUCGAGAGCAUGAGAUAUCAUUUGAAAGAAAGCUUGCAAAAGAGCGAAGUCAAGAAGAUCACCUGUAUGCAGACAAGGAUAAAUUUGUCACAAAGGCUUACAAAAAGAAACUUGCAGAGCAGGCAAAAUGGAUGGAGGAAGACCGACUUCGUCAACUUCGGGAGGAGAAAGAUGAUGUUACAAAGAAGACGGAUUUGAGUGAAUUUUACUUCAACCUUGAAAAAAAUGUUGCGUUUGGUGCAGAAGACGCCAAAUUAAGGAAAGAGAAGCAGGCUGAAUUAACGAAGCUAGAGAAGCAGGCUGAAGUAAGUGAGCCAGAGAAACAGUUCGAAUUAAAGAAACUGGCAAAACUUGACGAGGGAGAAAUAGCUGGAGCACCAAUGCCAUUGGAGUCUCCAAGGGUGAGGGAGGGGGAUGAAGGUGAAAAUACAACUAUGUCUGAGACUGUUGAACCCUCUGACGAGAAGCCAGCUUCAAACACAUCAGCACAGGAAAAAUUGUCAGCUGAACAGCAGCCAGCAGAUCAACCAAAGGUUAAUCAUCACAAAAGAGGUGAAGAUGCGGUGGCUGCAGCAAAGGAGCGGUUUCUAGCUCGAAAGAGGGCAAAAGAACAACAAAAGUACUAUGAAAACUAAUAUAGUUGUUCCCUGUUGUUUAGUCUAUUUGGUUUCGUUAUUCUCCUAGCAUCUACUAGCAGUUGUGAUAUAUUCAGUAUUCUUGUGGUUCUGUUUUCCAGUUUCACCAUUUUACUGGAGCAUGAUGGGUACUGUAAGAUGAUUUGGUCUUACUUGGGAUUCCCUAUAUCAAGAAGGAUUAAAGAA